AUGGAGACCACGGACAUGGAGAAAUCUGCUGCUACGGCUCCGUCAGUCUUGAACUCGGAGGUUGGAGAUACUGAGCGAACAUGGCUGGAGUCAGAUGAGAAUCCUCUAAACUGGCCUCGAUCUAAAAAGUACCAGACAAUUGGCCUGAUCUCCUUCCAAGCAUUCAUCUCUCCUCUCGCGAGUUCCAUCAUGACACCCGGUUUACCAGAGUUGGUAGAAAAAUACAACAUCAAAUCCGACACUGUUCUAGCAUUGACUCUGACGAUAUACCUCCUGGCUUGGGCACUUGGCCCGCUCGCCUUUGCCCCGUUGUCUGAGAUGUAUGGUCGGUGGUGGGUGAUUAACAUAUCGAGCGUCAUAUUUACUGCGUUCAGCAUUGGGUGCAUUUUCGCCAAGUCAACUGGACAGCUGAUUGCUUUCCGGUUCUUGGCUGGCAUCGGAGCGUCGACACCGAUAUCCAUCGCGGGAGCGGUUAUAGCCGAUCUUUACAUCCCGGAGGAGCGAACUCCAGCCAGCGCUAUAUAUGGCUUGGGUUUGCUGAUAGGACCCCCGACUGGCCCCAUCAUGGGAGGAUAUUUGACACAGACAGUUGGAGUUCGAUACGGAUUCGUUCUAACGGCGGCUCUUGGUGCUGUAGCCUUAGUACUGAGCGUGCUACUUCUUCCAGAGACCGACCAUGCAAUCAUCCGAUCAAAACGUGAUUCGCGGCGUGGAGGAUUCACGGAGCUCUUCAACAAAAAAACAGAGACGUCGGUUGACGAUGAGCGGACACAACCUUCUACUCCCCAGACGGGCGUCUACGGCUUCCUCAACAUGUUUUUCACGACUUUUCCAACGAUAUUUGGCGAGAUAUAUGGGUUCAAGCCUGGACCAACCGGUCUGACAUAUAUAGGAGGCGGACUCGGAGAGCUGUGCGCCACGGCUUUGGGCGGAUGGGUUGGAAACACCGUCUACCACAAUCUGACCAAGAAGAAUGGCGGCAUCUCAAAGCCCGAGUUUCGCAUGCUGGGAAUGCUUCUCGGUUCCGUUGCCGUCCCCAUCGGGCUCUUCUGGUUCGGCUGGACAGCACAGACACGUCAACACUGGAUGCUGCCCAUCAUCGGCUCGUCCAUUUUUGGAUUCGGCAUGAUGUCCAUCUUGCUGCCGCUGCAGCUGUACUUCAUCGACGCAUUCAAAUACUCGGCUGCCGCACUGGCCGCUGCCUCGCUCGCUCGCUCGCUGCUUGCAUUCGCCAUCCCCCUAUUCGCCCCACAAAUGAUUGAUGCGAUGGGACUGGGGGGAACAUAUUCUUUCCUUGGCGGGUUGAGCAUCGCAAUAGGCAUCCCGCUGCCCCUUUGGGUGUAUUCCCAGGGGGAGAAGAUCCGAGCCAGGAGUGAUUUAAAUCACUGA